AUGGAUACUCAUGACACAGCCUGCAUCGACGAUCGGGUUGUGGACGCCAGUCCCGAUGCACCAUUGCAGCCAGCUAAGCCUCUUGAGCCUCCUUCGCCCGGUGAGACCAGCACGGAGAUUGAGGUACCGGUUACCACGCAAGAUGGAGUUACAGUCAUUCCCACAGAAGCCAUUCCCUCUAUGCAAGUAGCCACUGCCACGGAUCUUGUAACUGAAUCUCUCAUCCUUCAGCCGGUUGAGACAGUGAUCGAAUCUGUUACAAAGCUAGGACAGGCACUGGUCGAGACCACGGUUACGACAGUCGCUUACACCAUCAUCGACCAAAACAACCCUUCAACCAUGACUGUCACCUAA